CUGAUCCUCGAGAAAGAUUCGGAUGAUGACAUGGUGGAUGCCACCUAUGCGUCGGCGGAGAAUGUGCAAAUUCGUACGAUGGAUGGGAGCUCGCUGAAUCCUGGGAAGGGUCCUGUUCCCAAGGUUACGGGUGCCGGCGCUGGGAAAGGCCCUGUUCUUACGGGUACGGAUGGCGGCACUCCUUCGAAAAGGAAGCCUCGCCGCCCAAAAACCCACCCCCCGGUCCAGGCAGGUGAGCGUGCGGCUCCCCGGGCAGAUGAGGCGAGGGCGGGGGCACCCCCGUUAUCGGCUGUUACUGAGCCUCUACCUAACCGGGAGGUUCCAUCGGUGGGUAGUGCUGCUGCCGCUUCCUCGUUGGCGGCGGGGGAAGACACCUUGGCGAAGAGGAAGCUCAGGAAGGGGAAGGCGCCAAUGGUGGGCUCGGUGGAUGAGGGAGCUGUGCCUAUUACAAAAGCAACAGACGCUUUGGGCCUGAAUCCGCCUGGGCCCGCGAGAGGCAAGAGGAAGUUGAGGAAGGCCCAUGUUCCUGCGGGGGAGGAGAAGAAAGAAACUGGGCCUGUGUCUAAUGCAGUUUUGCAAGGGGAGGAGCCCACAUGCGAGCCAAAGAUGGUGGGAGCCCAUGUUCAACCCUGCAGCACGAAGGCGAGCAAGGAGUCGGCCCUUUUAAUGGAUGGGGACUCGGAGGGGCGUGACUAUGAGGGCUUGUGGAGGUGCUUAGGUCAAGGGAAGACGAUUGAAAGAGUUGACGUUGAUGCCAACUGUGAAGCGGUGAAUAAAUGGAUGGAUAUAGAGAUCGAUCUUGAUACACUGUACAACUCAACGGCAAUGCAUCUUUUGUCCAGAAUAGUCAACGAAAUAUUCUAGUUAUUACCUACUGUUUUGUUUGCGG